AUAGAAACAUGUCAUUUAAAAAAAUACGUUUGCAGUAAAAAAAACAAAUACAAUACAGUAAUCUGCAACUUGAUAAUAUAAAGUAAAAACAUAUUGUAGAUUUUCAAAAUGUAUUUAUCGAAUAGUAAAGGGAAAAAUACCAAUGGUUUACUUGUCAUUCUGUGCAUAGUCUUGAAAGACCACACCAAUGAAUUAAGCAACAUAGAUGGAUAGUGGCAACUUAGUUGAACAGUAAGUAUUUACUACAGUCGCAGUGGCACCCUACACUGAUGUAACAUAAAUCAAGAAAACAUGUCAAAUAAAAGCAUUUAGUGAACAUUAGCCACCAAUUAAUAUGAUAGACCAAACUACACAUUUUCUGGUAGUUUUAACAAACAAUCUUUAUCAAAAUAAAAAUAAAUCACUAAAGCAAUUUCAAACAUUUGUUUAUGGUAAAAGUAUUAACACCUUUAUAUUAAAAGUUUGUAAAAAUGUAAUAGAACUAGUUAAAAACAUAUAUUCAUUGAUGAAAACCAUUACAUGGUAAUUAAACUACAUUAUAAAGUCAAUAGUCACAAAAAGAGGUAAUUAUUUCCAACAUCGGUUGAAGAAGAACGUUUUGGCAACACAACAGAUGAUGGUCAUGAAAAAGGAGUUGGAUUCACAAUUUAGAAAAAAACACUUGUAGCAAAGGAAAUGGCUACAGAACAGUUUCAAACAAAUCUGGAAUACCACAAUCCACAAUCAGAGCAAUAAUCAAGAAGUACCACAGAAAAAAUUCAACUGAAACUCUUGAAAGAAGUGGACAUCCAAAGAAAAUUACUGGUACACCAGCGGAAAGAAUGUCGGAAAGGGCCGAUCAUGACGUCAGGGCAGAGCAGCGCAAAGCGGCCAGGCAGCCCAAGCAGCAACAGCAGCUCCAGCAGGGAGAAGGCUCCACAGUAAUGGCGACUGUAGGGGAGCGCAGAUCACUGCCCAGUCCAGAAAUCAUGUUGGGACAGCCCUGGAGCAAUUGGGUUGAUGUUGCCAAACUCCACGGGAAUGGCGGUGCAGAAACGGAAGAAAGUUUGAAAGAGUGCGGGAAAAAUCGAGAAGCGAUGAGGCUUUGUAGAGAAGACAUGCCUUUAUUCGGUCACUGCCCGGCACAAGAUGAUUUUUACUUGGUGAUGUGUAACCAUUGUAAUCAAGUUGUCAAACCACAGGCGUUUCAAGCACACUAUGAAAGAAGACACGGCUCAUCCAGCAAACCCCCACUUACCCCAACUCCAUCUUCUGCGUAUUUUCUGCCCUCAACGCUGCCAUCAAAAAACAAAGGCAGCAGUGGCAGCAGCAGCAGCAGCAGUAGUCGCUCGUCAAGUGGAAACAGUGCAUCGUCUAACUCCAAAAUCUUAAAGUCGCCCAAAGAAAAGCUGCACAGCAUCAGUGGGAGUAACAGGCCAAUGCAUCUACCACACAGCAAGGUGCCACAUGACAAAAUUAUGCCACCGUUUGUUAAAGUGGAAAAGAUGCAUCCUAACCCAAAGGUAGAUGAUACAUCAUUAAAAACAGUUGCCGGCCCCACAUCUUCUACCACUGUGAGUUCCUCAAUAAAGCCAGGGCUUAACUGUCCCUCAAUACCAAAGCCACCCCUGCUGUCUCCUGGACAGAUUCCUAAUGGGAAAGGUCUUCUCUCAACUCCAGACAAGAAACAAGAUGAUAAUUAUGCCAUUAAUAAGAAGCAGUUGCACAAAAGACUGUCAGAGCGUGAAUUUAAUGCUGAUAUCCACUGUGGGGUUGUGGAUAUGGAAACCAGGAAGCCCUGCACAAGAUCUUUAACAUGCAAGACACAUUCCUUAAGCCACCGGAGAGCUGUACUGGGUCGAAGAAAACGUUUUGACAUUUUAUUAGCUGAGCACAAGAGUAAAACCAGGGAUAAAGAACUGCAUCGGAAUGCCGAGUACCCUCAGCAAACCCUCAGGGAACCACAUCCCUCCCCGUCAAGAACUACCCAGGAAAUACACCAAAACUCUCAUGGAAAUAACACUUCAGAGUCAAAGCCUUUAAUACCCAGCAAACCCAAACCUUACAAUCCUAGUCUUCCAAGGCCUACAAGCUACUCCACUCCACACAGUGGGAAUGUCUCCAGUGACUCUCCGUUGGUUCACGAAUCUCCCCACCACUCUGCAGCACCAGCUGAGGCAGCGUCCCGGUUAUCCAGUGAUGAGGGGGAGAACGAUGAGAAGGAAGAGGCCACAGAAAGACUGGACUACCACUAUUCAGGUUACCAUCCUCAGCCAGCAGCUUUUUGCACCUUUGGAAGCCGACAAGUGGGAAGAGGCUGCUAUAUGUUUGACAGGCGGUGGGAUCACAUUCGAUGUGCACUUAACUCAAUGGUGGAUAAGCAUGUUAACUCUCAGAUGUGGAAAAAAAUUCCUCCAGCAUCUGAGAACACAGGUUCUACACCAGCUCCACACAGGACAAGCACAAACUCAUUGCCUACAUCACACUACAGUGUGAACUCCACAGGAUUCUUGUGCCCCACCUCAGCGACAGCCCCACAAAUUCUUGGUUCACCAUCCUACACACAAUCUCUGGACAACAAAUCAAUUCCAUCUUAUGGGACUACUUUAAAUGCCCACACUUCUUCUAUGGGUUCUAUAGACCAGGCUGCAUAUAAUAUGCAGUCAAGGCAAGUGUCUUCUUCGCCCCAAAUGCCUUCAGGACAUUCAGCUGUACCUUCCCUGAUAUCUAAGCCUCAGAAAUCCAAACCCAGCAGCAAGUAUUUCAGAUCCAAGGAACCUUCUGCAACAAUUACUAACUGUAACAAUAACACCAACAACAACAGCAGCAGCAGCAGUAACAGCUCGGGAAAGAGGAGGAAAAACAGUUCCCCGCUUCUGGCUCAUUCAUCUUCUCAUUCAGCCGAGUCAUUGUCGUCCUUUAAGAGAAACUGUGCAAUGAACUCUGCCAGCGCGGGGAGCUUAUAUCCCUCGCCAGUCACCUCUUCAUCUCACAUCGGUCUCAACUGCACCACCAACCGAGCAAACUCUCUCAGCCUCAAACACGACCAAUCAGGGAGGGGCCCUCCGUCAGGGAGCCCCGCGGAAUCAAUAAAGCGCAUGAGCGUGGUGAUGAACAGCAGCGACUCCACCCUUUCACUCGGACCUUUUGUUCACCAGUCCAUCGAGCAGACCAUGAACUCGCAUGGUGGCUACUCUCACUCGCACGCUCCCAUGGAAAGACUGGAAGGGAAGAAGCGGAAAGGUGCUCCCGCUUCCAGCGGUGUUAACAGCAGCAGACCCAACAAGGUGGCCAAAUCGCCUGCUGUGAACAAUGUUCACACGAAACAUGCCCGCACAAUACCAGGGACGCAAGGACUUCCGAACAAUUCACUUUUACAACAGCCGAAGGCACGUCCCUGACGACUGCUGCUGUUGUACUUGCAAAAAAGAACUGGACAUCCUCCAGCAGAAAUAGAUCUGUCUGGUACUCUGAACUGCAAGAGGCCUUUAUCUCAUCUUCCCAUGUUCCUCAGGGGUGGAGAUCGACUGGACAGAUAGUUAUAUCAAGGAAUUCCCUGAAGCCAUGUUUGUAACAAUGCCACAAUCAAGACAACACUGGAUGAAAAUCUGUCAUGCUGUGGCUCUAAUCAGUGUUAUUGGUGGAAAGGACUGCUGACUGCCCAUUUGUGAGGUUUUCCUUCAAAGGAGAGUGUAUUAAAUAACCUUACUCUAAAUGUAAGGUACAGAUAAGGGCUUGGGGUGGGGGGGGGAAGAACUGUGGGUUAUACCUACAAGAAAUGCCCUGGACUAGGAGUUACAUGUGGGGGUGACUUACGUGUUACUAUUCAAAGCUCUUUGAAUUCUACCAAUCUGCUCCUUGUAGUUUGGAUGCCUUUUAUGUCGUCCUUUUAAGCACACAAUGUGUGUUCAGUAGGUCAAACCCUGCAAAACCAAUGGGAUUAAAACAAAAAACCUAGCCCGUAAGUAAGUAGUUGGGGAUAAGAAAUUGCCAGGAGUUCAACUAUUUUAUAUCGCAUUUAUACAGACGGCUAACAAUGAAUUACAGGAUCUUUUAAAGGUUUUGUUUAAAAAAAAAAAAAAAAAAAAAAAAUGGGAACAUUUAUUUUUCUAAAAAAUACUGCAGCUGGUGAGUUAAUUUUUAAAGCUGAAACUGCCAAAAAUUAACAGUACAUCAUUAGGGUUAGAUUGUGUUUAAAUUUUUUUUUUUUUCAUUUUGAAGUCCACAAAUUUAAAUCAUGGAACUUUAAAUAUUUAAUGAAGAAGUUGCUGUUUGUUAAUCUGAAAAUUUGAUCACAGUAGGUUUAAGGUAGAACAUUUCAGGCGCCAGACCAUUAUUAUGGCAGUAUAUACUGCAUAUUGAUGAAUAAAAUACUAGUUAAUAACACUCUUCAUUCCAGUGAGGGUAAAACAAAUAUAACAUUAUGAAAAAGACCCAGACCUAAUAGCUCAUGAAUUUUAUUUUUAUUGUUCAUCAAUUGAUAAAAAAAUUAUAUAUAAUAUAUAAACUCUAGAACCAACCACACAAAUAACACAUUUAUAACAUUGAAUGGGUUGUCAGUGUGAUGAAUCUGCACACAUCUAGUCCUUAAUUCUGGCAUGUGAUUGGUUAAAUCUCAUCACAUGACCAAACUCAAAUUGCGUCAUCACGCUGAAUGUCUUUCCUCUCUUCACACACAAAGCAAAAUGGCGGACAACAGAAAAUUAAUUCCAAAACAAAGAUGCUGCAAACACUAAAAUCGUCAUAAAAACGUCACUUUCAGUGUUUUCAGACUUCCUAAAAUUCAAAGAAAUCCAACUCAACGGUGUAAAUAAAUACGACGUUCACAAACUCAACAGACUCCCGAGAAUUGUAAACUGCAGUGAGAAAGUCAGACGGACAGUUCUAUGCCAAAAAAACUUCAAUAACUAUGCGCUAUGGACUUAAAAAACAUUACUUUCUUGACUGAUUCAUAAAACAAAUGUGGACUGCAGACCUGGACUCAUAGUGGGAAACUAUAGGCCCCUUGGGAAGAACUGCAGUUACCUCCAGGGGACAAUUGCAGCACUGUUGGUAACUGUAGUUCUUCCCUCAGGGGCCAUAGUUUCCCACUAUACGCUGCCUCUCCAGUCACAUACAUACAUACAUACAUACAUGCAUGGCAGAGAAUUCUUUAAAGGGUAUCCAAAUAAAUUAUUUGAAUCCUUUAAUGAUUUGCACUUUCUUAAUCUGCCUUUUCCCCUUUUAUUAUCCUUUAUUAUUAGAAAGAACUUCCUAUACUGUGAGUCCAAGUAUGUACCUGUACGUACCAAACAGAAUGUGCCACUGGUUGUGCACAGCAAGUGCACUACUUAUGCAAUAGUGCUUCCCACAAGACCAGAACCUAUAAACAGUAUGUCUUGUUAAUAGGCUACACUCCAAAAUCUGAAUACCCUGCACAUCAAUUGCCUCAAAGCAAAAAUCCAGAGUGAUUUCCUUUAUUAGCUUAGUAAUAUUAACUUGGAUUCAAACAGGAUUGUUUUAAUAUUAAAACAGUAAGGGUUUGGAGUAGUGCACCUUCACACCUAAUAACUGUGACAGGUUUUCAUAGUCAACAAAGGCUUUUUAUAUACAAUUAUGUUCAAUUGGAAACUGGAGUAAUUGAGGUAAUUAUACAAGGUGGCUAUUGAUUGUAACUCCUGCAGUUUUCUUAACCCUAAAUGUCACUAAAUGAACGAAGCUAUAAAGCAGAGUCAGUUUAGUAGUUUUCUUUUUGGCUUUUCUUGUAUGGAUUAUGAAAAAUAUUGAAGUAUCCCAUUUUCAGAAUACAUAUUUUGUUAAAGAUUGUACAUAUUUAAAUAUGUAUUUUUGCACAGGCAUUCUUUCUUAUAACCAAUUUUGGUACAAUUGAGAUCAUCUGAUAUUUAUUUAUUUAGUAAAUAAUAAAAAAACAAGAUCAAGGGGUUUUAUUAUAUUAUGAGGUUCACUGCCAAGCCAAUAAUGCAAUAUGCCUACAACAUAAAUAGAUGGACAUCUUUUAAUGUGAUGGUCCUUUUGAAAGGUCAAGUGUUGUCAUUUAGAAGUACAAGAUUUGAAAACGGCAACUAUACAAAAUACCUGUAUCUUUAAUGAAGAAUAUUAAUAUAAUACUGGAAGAUCUUGCAAUUUCUUGUUUUUGCCUCCUAGUUGGAAAAGACUGAAUACAUAUGACCAGGAAUAUAAUUCUCCUGUCAAUUGACAGAUGGCUUAUAUAAAAGUUUCUGUUCAUAUGCUGUCAGUGAUUAUUUUUGUCCAACCAUUUUAUGCGAAAGAGCAGUUAUUUAGUAUAUUUAUUCUUUAAAGUUUGUUUGACAUAGGUGGGGGAAAAAAAGAAAGACAAUUGGCAGCACUUUUCCUUCAUAAGGUCUGGGAGUAGGGUGAUUUAUUUAUUUUUUUUAAAUAAAAAGGAAAACAAACAAAAAAAAAACACUUUAAAACACAAUGCAGCCGCUUGCAUCAUUGUUGCCAAACUCCUUAAUUUGAAACACUGCUUUUUACAGAAAACUUUUGUUUGCAGCUUUUAGAAAAUAAUGGAAAAAAUGAAAGUGCCUGACAAUGGUUUCACACUAUGACUGUUUUAAGGACAGCUAUUUUUUACAAGACUUGAAUGUUUCAAAGUGUUUAGGAGCUUGCUUUUUCCACCUGACUAUAGGUCCUAAUUACUGGUAUGUUUGUUGUAAUUUAUUUUCCUAUUUGAUAAACUUCUUGAGUUCUGAUUGCUUAUCUAACUUUUUAGAUUGAGUGUUUCCCUUCACCAAUUUUUAUACUAUUGAAGGCUAAAACCAGUUUCUCCCUAGACUGAUUUUUGUUGGAAUAUGAAAUGCCUCUCCUGGUCUUCAAAUAACAUUUGUUAAGCAUAAAAGACAUCUAAAUGAUAUCUUGGUUUACCCUUAAUUUUAGGUGCUCUUUAACAAGUCUGCCAAUGUUUCCAGACAACAUUACUAUAUUACUAAGAUCUGGUUUAAAUAAGCACUACAAAUUUAAUGUGAAUAAAAGCCAGAAAGCAGCUUGCUUGCUUUUUGAGAAUGGUUCUAAAAGCAAACUCCUGUAUAUAGUGUGAAUAGUUGAUUUUUGUAUACAUAAUCAAAUGCAUUUGAUCAGCUGGACUUUUGUGUUGGCUGCUAUACAAUUCAUGAACAAAUGUCAUAGGAUAGAUAUUUACUUUAAAUAUUUAAAAAAAAUAAAUUGUAUAGUCUAUUUGUUUUGUAACAGGUUUCUGUAAAUAAAAAUAAUUUAUACUGUUA